UGGAAGGAUGUGUAAGAGUUUCUCUUUAUGUUGAGUGGCAGCUUGUGCGUGUCUAUGGGGUAGAGAGUGGGCGGGGCUUGUGAGAGGUAAAUACAUUGACAGCAGAGUUUCUUGAAGACACAUUCAUUGAGUCGUGCAACCGUUAGGUCUCUCUGCAGCAGCAUGAACCAGGAGCAGAACUACCCCUUCCCCCAGGUGUUCCUCGUGGAUGGAGGUGGCCAGUAUCCAGCCCAUCAGCCCAGCCUGGUGCCCUGCUGGUCCUUCCCGCCCCCCCAGGAGAGACGGAGGAGCCGGGACAGGGGCGGGGGCUGCCUGGGGGUCCGUCCAGGAGCAGCCGUUCUGGUCCUGAUGCUGUUCCUGCUUGUUUUCGCCGCCCUCGGCUUCUUGGCGUUUCAGAUCCACAGGAUGCAGAAGGAACUGAAGACGCUCCAGCAGGUGAACGCCGACAGCGAGACGCCCGGCGCUCAGAAGCAGAUCGGUUUCUCUGAAGAACCGGUGUGGAGGCGAGAGGAGAGCAGGACCGCCGCUCAUGUGACAGGGCGGAUGGACUCAUUCUCAUACGGCCACACUCUACGUUGGGACCCCCAUGCCGGGCGGGGCUUCAUGCAAGGGAGCGUGGUUUACAGGUAUGAAGACGGAGGUCUGCAGGUGAACGAGACGGGACUGUACCACAUCUACACCCGCGUGGAGCUGACCUUGAGCAACUGCUCCCCCGAGUCAUCCUUCCUGCACACCGUGUUUGUGCGGCGAGUGGGCCGCCACGCUCCUCUCAAGCUGAUGGAGGCGCACAGAGCCGGAUUCUGUGCCAUGAGGACCAGACUCUCAUGGACCACAGAGAGCUACCUGGGUUCAGCCCUGCAGCUGCAGAAACUCGACCGGGUCUACGUCAACAUCUCUCAGCCCAGUGACGUGCGGCGUGUUCCUUACGCCAACUUCUUCGGUCUCUACAAGCUCUGAUGAGUUCAAACAGAUGGGGCACGGUUGUUCAAAAGUAAUCCAACACAGUUAAAGACAUAAAACAGGAUUAAAGCUUUAGAUCAAGUUGUUGAACAGAAUAGAGGAGUAGUUAUUAUUGCUUAAUUUAACAUGAGUGGGUACGGACCGCUCUAUCAGUGCUGCAGGUACCACUGGGGGGCUCAGAGUAGGACCCUAAUGUUUGAAAAAAACGCUUCAAAGAGGUAGAAAAACACAGUAUAGCGCCCUCUUUGGUGCCUUUUCAGUGGACUAAAUUGUGAUUUGGUGUCGUCCAAGAGAGAAAGUUUGGCAUGGGGACCUCUAAAGCUGUGCAUAUACACUGUGAAAAUUUCAUCCCAUUCAGACACAAAUUAUGGGUUGCACGACUCACUCUGAAGUCGUGCCGCCUUUCGGGGCGGGGAAAACGACGGUUGACCACCACCCGACUACGGCCCGACUGGCUGCCCCGCCUGGUCAGAAGGUUUCCUGACAUGUUUGAUAUUUCAGCUGAUUGCACACUCCACAGUGAGAGCAGAACCACAAGCAGAAUCCUCAACUGUGGGGCAUUUUUCCUCAACGUCCCAGCUAAAGAUUCCAGGGGGGGCGCAGGAUCCCUUUUCCAAUCCAGUCCAAUCCAGUUACUUUAUUUGUAUAGCACAUUUUACCAACAGAAAGUCUCCAAAGUGCUGCACAGAAUACUAAAACAAGCAGAACAGAAUAAAGCACACGCGAAAUAUACAUAUCAAAUCAAUAUCACAAAUAUCAAAUAUACAUAAAUAAAUAAGGGCCAAUCAAAUAAAAGCACUUAAAAAUAAUAAAAUCAAUAAAAGACCAUCAGAGGACCACACAAUUCUCAUGCUGGGUUAAAUGCCAGUGAGUAAAAGUGUGUUUUUAAAUGAGACUGAAAAACAUCAACUGAAGGAGCUGUCUGCCAACAACAGAAACGGCUCAGUCGCCCCUGCUUUUAAGUCUAAGCUGGAGCUGCUCUGUCAAAAUUAGACAGCAUAUAGUUUUUUUAAAUCAUGUAUAGAAUCGAUGUAUAACCACGUGUUAAAGCCACCCUGAUAGAUUAAAAACAUCAAGAGAAUCAGCUACAUUUUUAGCAGAAAAGCCACAAUUUUGGGGAGAAAAAUAUCUUUUGAGAUUGUAAAGUUUUAUAUUUAGAGGGGGAAAAAAACCCCUCAGGAUUUCACAGUUUAUAAUCAUCUAAAUUUAAAAGAAAAAAAAAUCUAAUUCCUGAUUUUAAAAGUUCCUGAAUUUUUAAUUUUUUGAAACUUCAGUUUACACUUGUUUAAGUCAAAAAUGUACAGGAAACUUAAAAAUGGUUUGGUUUGAUUUUUUUACGAAAACUAAACUUAGUUUUUUGUCAGUUUUAGUCAUCAAAGAUGUAUUUUUGUUGGUUUCAGUCUAGUUUUUGUCAUGGAAAAAAAGGCUGUUGGCGAAUAGAGUUUUAGUCGACAAAAUUAACACUGGUUGGGAACCACUGUCCUACAUCACCAUGACCCCCCCCCGUUCCCACCUGCAGACCUCCAGGUGACAGGGAUGACAAUGCUGUUUGUGUGUGAUAGAGGAAAUGACUAGAUGCAAUUCCCCAGCUCAGUGUGUCAGACUUUUUCGAGUAAACUCCUCAGAUUUCUGUCAGAGUUCGUCCCAGCGUCACUCCUACAGUCUGAGCACAAUGAUUGUUACAGAGUUGGCCUGAAAUCACAGUGUAUGCCAGCUUUAGAGGACAAAUGACAAAGUGUCUCCAGGUUGCCUUUAAAUGGACAAUAACACGAUAAACUCCCUCCAUGCUGCCUUUCCACGGACAAUGAGUAAUAAAGAGCCCUUCAGGGCCGUCUCUAAGUGGGCAUGGUGUCCUCUCAGUGGAUGAAACCACAAAUCCAACAGUGGAGAAAGUGCAGGGAAGUGCUAUAAACUCCUUGGUGUUAAAGUUUAUCAUCACUGGUGGUGAAAUGGUUCAUAAUUCCUCGUCUGUUUUUAUAGAGGUGUAGUAGCUUUAAACAUAACCAGGAUUUUUAACUAUUUUAAAAAGAAGAAGAAAAUAAAUAUUUUUCCAACAAUGGUGCCCCACUGCACACAGCAGGUGCCCUUUAUUGCCCUUUAUUAUUUUAUAAUAAUUUAACCCCUCACCCUCAAACAUCCUGAGUCUGCCACUGCAUAAACUGCAUUAUUAUUUUUUUAUUUAGGGAGAAGGGGGAAACGUGCACUGAGACCAGGAAUCAAUCCUGCCACCAGUGCAGCAAAGACUGUAGCCUCUGCUCUACCUGCUGAGCUACAGCAGCGUUCAAAAACAGUGUGCUCAGUUGUUUCUGUGGAUGCAUGUGCACUCUGGAUGUUAUAAACCUGUCGUUGUCUUAAUGCAGAAUUGUUCUAAAUAUAUAAAAACAGGCCAGUUUGCAGCAGAUCCUUUCAGUGCGUGUUGAGCUGUGGUAUUUCUGCACCUAGAUCAGGCAGAUCCGGUCCAGAUUUCUCAAAACAACACUGAUAAAAGUCAGCAGGCUACCUGAGGGAACAAGGGGGACAUUUGAAUCAGGAUUAAACUCUUGAAGAACCAGCCCUGGAUGUUAAACUCACAUGAUGUAAAGUGAGAGCUGCAGAAAGAAGAAGAGGCUCACUUUAGCAUGAACACAUUGUGCCUUUGACAUCAACACUAAUGCACUUACUCAGACGUAGCAUUUUUAAUAUUUAUUCUAAUGUUUGAUGUGUAAAUAUGACCUUUAACCAUAGUAUGUGUUCAAUUUGGAAAUAAAGAGAUGACAUUUGUACCAGUGAAGCUUUCUUGGUGUUGUUGGAGCUGUCAGACAUUUGAAAAACCAACCGCAGUGGGUUGGUUUGACCACAGGAAAGUUUU